AUGUCGCGUUUGCAGUUACCUCGCUGGACUGGAUGUCGCUUGCCGCACAAGGUUAAGCACAAUCUGCGCGGACGCCGCGCUACUCCCACCCCACCACCCGCCCCGCCGCAACUUCCCACCCCGCCACCCCCAAAUGCUCGCCUUUGCAGCCCUUCGCCCAGCGAGAACACUCGUACUGCACCUGCACCGCCCUCUCCUCACGUGGAAACUAGGCGUAUCCGACCGCGCCUUGCCAUCAGCGCCGGGAAGCCUGGCUUAGCAAAUCACCCCUACUCUCUUGCACACCUUCGCCGCCAUGAAGACGUUCACCAGCGGUCAGACAAAAACGUAGCAAAGCUCAAGCGAACCUCACCGCGCUCUGCGCGUCCUCGCAGGAUCUCCGAAGCUGCUCAAGGCGCUGUCACCACCCGAACCAACCCUGCACCACAUAGCCAAAAGCGCCAUGUCGGCGUCCAAACCACAUCCUCUCCUCGUCGAUCUCGAUCAGCCAUUGGCUUGGGCCACAGCCCAGUGAAGACCUACGCUCUCCGUACCAAAAUCACUCCUACAGAAUACGCGUCCGACGCCGUGCGCCACUCUUUUGAAGGACGGAAGAGGCUUGCCGGUGCUUAUCAGCUGCGCCAGCAUCUGACUCCCAGCCCUCGGGCUUCUUUCGAUGCUUGCAAAGCCCGCCGAGACAACACUUGGGCUGAGUAUCGUCGAUUGCUUGACGCAUAG